UGAGGAGUUGGUGAGAGUGAUGAACUCUGAGCAGGAAAGGCCGUUUGUGUGCAGUGCCCCUGGCUGUUCUCAGCGGUUCCCCACAGAGGACCACCUGAUGAUUCACCGGCACAAGCAUGAGAUGACUCUGAAGUUUCCCUCCAUAAAGAUCGACAGCAUGUUAUCAGACCAGACGCCGACCCCGACGCGCUUCCUGAAGAACUGUGAGGAGGUGGGUCUGUUCAGCGAGCUGGACUGUUCUAUAGAACAGGAGUUCAGGAAGGCCCAGGAGGAAGAGGACAACAAACAGGUAGACAAGAUGACA